CCCUAAUAGGCCCCUAUCAUUAUUCGAACAGGCAAGUAUAAGCAACAUUAAACGUGGUGCUUUGCGAUUUAACACAGAACAACUUACAUACUUAGCUUAUCAUCCAAGAGUGACACGAAGAUUGAACCACACUCGCCAUUUUGAGGAACAAAGGUGCGGAAAACAAAACUAAGAACUAGUUUACGUGAGAGAUGCUUUUGUGCAACUAUAGGAAAUGCAGACAGCCUCUAAAAAUAUGCGCCAUCGCAACUGCAUGCAAGCAUAUUUUCUGUCCUACACAUAGUCCGCUUCAACUUAAAACUUCCGAUGGGGCGUUUCAGUGUCCAGCUUGCCGAACAAGACUAAAAGAAAAUUUAGACAUAUUUGAAGUUGACUUGCAACCCUGUGAGCAGUUCCGAAGCAUGAUCCUAAUGGGGCAAACACCAGAUACGAUUUUUGAUGUGUGCCGUAGAGCCCUUGAGUUCCUGACUAUGCAGUCAGAGCAGGAGAUGAAAUAUUCAGAGUAUGUCAACUAUAAGCUCGAAGAAAGAUAUCGCAAUCUGGAAGGUCAAUGCAAAUCCUUGUUAGGCAAUCUUGAGCAGAAAAUUGAUAAACUUCAGAGUGAGAAGAAUGCUCUAGAAAAAGAGUGUGAAGAGCUGCGGGAUAAACUUAUUGCCUCAAGCCACAAACUUUCAAAGCUUGAAGGUGAUAUGAGCAGACUGAAUUUGUCAAAAAGGUCAAACUCUGGUCAUACCUGUAUUUCAGAUCCUGUGGAUAGUGGAUCAGUACAAUCUACCCUAUCAACGGACACACUAAACCCUAAAUUUCCUAGAUGCUCACCUGAUUCAACAUAUACAAGCCCAUUUGGUCUCAGCGACCGUUUCUCAUACUUAAACUUCUCUAAACAUCCAGAAGGCAGCUCAUCCAAUUCGUUUCUUGCACAAAAUCACCGCAAAUCACCACAAAAAAUAGUACUUCCAAAUCAUUUUCUGAAUGGCAGCUUUAGAAAUUUGUCAAAGAACACUGGCAAACAACUUUUCAAGUGAUGCAUGUUUGUCGUGACCUUUUACACUUGGUAAAUAC